AUGAAACAAAAACCCGACAAGGAAACUCAAAGACUUAGAGCUAAAGUCACCAAUUCAGAAGCUAAAUUGGUGGACGAAACUGGUGCUACUGGAGCUUCUAUUGCUAAAUUGAAAGCGAAAUACGAAACAGAAUUCAAAGGAAUCGAAACAGAAAGGAAGAAGCACAAAACGAGGCCGCUAAAGCCUAGAAACAACAUAAACAGUAUGCCAGAAAGGUUGAAGAGGCUGAGAGAAAGCUUGCAGAAUUCGAACAGAAGGAGUAUACAAUUAAAACUCAAAUUGGUAAGACACAAGCCGAUUUGA